CCAUGGCCGCCACCAACUUGUCUCUUUCCAGAGAUUGAAGAUGAAGAAACCAACUCCAACCCUCACUCUCAACUCGUAUAAAGACACAGCCUUUCCCUCCGCUUCUCUUCACUACUCCUCCUGUUUGCUCACUCACGACUCCAAUCUUUCUUUAGUGGGAAUAAUUCCAAUGGCUAAGUCAAUCUCCUCCCUCUCCAUUGCUCUUUUCUUCCUAACGUCCUCCUUCAGCUUCUUCAUAUCGGGAGCCGUGGGAGACUCCUACGGGUGGCAGAACGCCCAUGCUACGUUCUAUGGUGGCGGCGACGCCUCCGGCACUAUGGGCGGGGCUUGUGGCUAUGGCAACCUCUACAGCCAAGGGUACGGGACCAACACCGCGGCCCUCAGCACUGCGCUCUUCAACAAUGGGCUCAGCUGCGGCGCUUGCUACGAGAUGCGGUGCGCCGAUGACCCCCGGUGGUGCCUCCCGGGCUCUAUUGUCGUCACGGCUACCAACUUCUGCCCUCCGAACUACGCCCUCCCCAGCGACAACGGCGGAUGGUGUAACCCUCCACGGCAGCAUUUCGACCUCGCCGAGCCCGCCUUCCUCCAGAUCGCGCAGUACCGUGCUGGCAUCGUCCCUGUCUCCUUCCGCAGGGUGGCCUGUGUGAAGAAGGGAGGCGUAAGGUUCACCAUCAAUGGCCACUCCUACUUCAUCCUGGUGCUGAUCACCAACGUGGGCGCGGCCGGCGACGUGCACGCGGUGUCGAUAAAGGGGUCGAAGACAGGGUGGCAGAGGAUGUCGCGCAACUGGGGCCAGAACUGGCAGAGCAACUCGUACCUGGACGGGCAGAGCCUCUCGUUCCAGGUGACUACCAGCGACGGCAGGACGAUCACCAGCUACAACGUGGCACCUGCCGGGUGGCAGUUCGGCCAGACCUUCCAGGGACAGCAAUUCUAGCCUCGCAUUGUCGUUGAAGAUUAAAAGGUGGAGGCAUUCGGUCUGGUUGAAUGCAGAGGUAGCUUCCUUAGCACCCGCUGAGGCCGAAGUAUAAGAUUAUUACGGUGGUCAGUAAUACAUUAUACAGGACAAUAGACGAUAGAAAUCCUCCGCAAUAAGAUGAUUCAGUGGUGACAUUGUAUCACCUACAGUGUA